UCUAGUUGUCUCCCCUACCCAACAACCCUGGUUCAUUGUGCAACCCUGUUUACGGUUUACUUUUACCCCCUUUUAAUUUGAUCCAAAGCACUCUCUUCGCUUCUUGAACUCGGCGGGAAAUCUGUGAUCAUAGAAUCAUAAGCAAUCGCUUGGUGUGGCGAGACGUUUCCGUUCGGGAAUUGUAUUGAUAACAGAAGUUGGUUGAGCUUUAAAGUUGGGUUAUUUCCUUUCAUCUCAAAGAUGAAUCCAGCGCCAUUUUCGUCUGGGACACCUUCUCCCUGGUUUCCAAUAUCUCAACCCGUCUCCUCGGUAGCCAAUGCGUUUUGGGAAUCUGGACAUGUAGACGAACACCUAAAGAACUUACAAUAUACAGUAAAUCUCCUGAAGGCAGUGCAGAAAGAACUAGAAGUAAUUCUCUUGAGUAGAGAAACUGAUGGGUCCUCAAAGGAGUUUGGUAAUGUGCCUGCUAAUGAUUGUCUUCAUAGAUUUUUUGAAGUGGUUAAAGCAAAGAGGAUUAAUUUGAAACUGCAAGAGUCUCUUUCAUUGGAAGCAGCAAACUCUUUGCUUUCUGCUUUGAAAACUCAGCUUGUGCCUUUUAAUGCUCUAAUAAAUCAAACAAGUUCAUGGGAGGAAAAAUCUGCUGCUGUCAAAGUAGCUAAUAAGUUUCAGAAGCACCAAAGAAAUAAGCGUUGGAGGAAGAAGAAGAGGAAACGCAUUGCAGAAAUGCUUUCUAAGGGGGAGGUGUCACUUCCAGUAUCUGGCAUGGUUGGACUAGCUAUUUUGAUUUCAUUUGCUAGAGUUGUUAGUUGUUACUCUUGUUUUUCCAAUCUCAGACAAGGUUCUGCAUUUUUUUUUUUUCAGCUUGAGCUGAUCUUGAUUGUGGAAAAGUUGCAAGAACUACGUUCCAUAAGAAUCCAGAAACUGAAGAAACAAGGCCAUUUUCUCCCAGAAGAGGAUGACAAAUUUCUUCAGCAAGUAGAAGCUGCAGUUGAGGAAGAAGAACGCCAAGCUGCGGCUGCUGCUGACACAGAUGCUGCCAGAGAUGCCAUUGCGACAGCUGAGGAAUCUAGGAAAAAUAUCCUUAAUGGUGGACCUGAGUCAAAAGAUAGCAGUGGUAAAGGUGGAGAUAACGAGAAUCGGAGCCAACUCUCUGGGACUGAAAAUGAAAGAGUAGCUGGUGCAGCCACAGUGCAGGAGCCUGAACAGGGACAAGAAGGACAGGGUUCUUCUGGGGCUUAUGAUUCUGUUUCCAAUUUACCUGUUGAAUUCUAUCACUACUACCAUGGCGGUAACAAUGACAUGGGCACACUUAUCGAGGUCAGGAGAACAUGGGAUGCAUUUAUAAGACCAGGAGGAAGCCAGAUACCUGGCCAUUGGGUUCAGCCACCACCUCCUGCAAAUGCGGUAUGGUCUUCCUAUUUGGUACGGCAGAGUUGACAUUUUGAAGACCAUAUUUAAGCAAGUCUGAGCUCGGAUUAUGUGGUAUUCUGAUGAUGGCAAUUGAUCUCGAAACAGUCCAUUGCAAGACAAGGAAAUCAGGUGGGUUUGGGUGGGUUGAGCCAGGGGAUUGAAUCAAAAACUGGGGUAGGCAUGCCCAAUACAGCCAGUUGUAAUCUGUUUUAUUUGGAUGGUCUGUUUAAAGCUAGAAAGCUGAAAGUAAAAUGUUUUAUGUAAGAAUGUCCUUUUUAUGGUCCAUGUUGAGUCAUGUUGAAGGCUGGUAUAGCUUUAUGACCAUUGGAUUGGUUUUACACCCUCAUGGAUGGCCCACAAUGUAUUAAUAAGCAUUUUACCCGUGCAAUGUUCAACUAAAGUUGCAAAAGUUCAAAUUUAAACCAAA